AUUACACCUUUUGCACGGUCCAUUUGUAUUAACUAAUUAUUUUAUGUACAGAAAUAAUUAACAAACAAGCUAUUACUAGAUAUCAUCAUGAAUUUGUGCAAGGUGGUAUGCUUUACUGUUUUAUUGCUUGUGGCUGUAACGCAAGCAAAGAAAGAUCGAAAAUGUAGGAGAACUGAUUCAGCAAUGAGAAAAAAGCAAUCCGCGGAAGGGAGUAGAUAUGUUAAAGUAGUUUGCAAAGGCAAAGAUUUAACAACUUUAAACUCGGACUUUUUAUAUGAGACUGUAAUUGGACCUCCUCCAAGGACACAAGAUUCAAGUUUGACAAGCGGUGGAAUUGUUCAUGAUGCACCGAUGGAGAUUACACCUAUUUAUCAUGUCACGUUAGAAAAUUCACAUAUCAAAAAUGUUCAGGACGGUGCAUUCAACGCCGUACCAACUCUGGAGGUUUUGAAUUUGAAGUCUAAUGAGCUAAGUGAAAUAAAAAGAAGGACAUUCGAAGGUUUGAAAUUGCUGAAGGAUUUGAAACUAGACAGAAACCAAAUUUCGUCUAUUGAGCCUUCUUCGUUUGGUCAAAUGAGAAAACUGAAAUAUGUAACAUUCUCUGAAAACUUACUGCAAGAGCUUAACUACUUUACAUUUCAAGGCUUGAAAGAGUCGAAUCACUUAAACAUCGAGUACAACAAUAUAAGCAUUCUGAAUGCCGGAUCAUUUGCAGCGAUGCCUCAACUGGAAAACCUUUAUCUAUCUUACAACAAAAUAUCAAGACUUGAUGGCGGAAUACUUGCUGGAUUGAGAAAUUUGAAAUAUUUGUUUCUUAGCGGAAAUAAUAUUGAAACUAUUCUAAAUGGAGCAUUCAAAGGAAAUCCAAAACUUGAAAUGUUGGAUCUAUCAAACAAUCUUCUGACUGAAAUCACGGUCAAAACAUUCGAAGGUCUUCUUUACAUCAAACGAUUGUCCCUUCGUAAUAAUGACCUGUCGUACAUUGAAGACGGCGCUUUCCAAGGAAUGCCUCUACUUAAUGAACUCGAUCUCUCGCAUAAUGCUCUGACAACCAUAAGCCGUGGUUGGUUCUGGGGUUUGAUAAAUCUACAAUAUUUCCAAAUUGUUUCAAAUGAAAUCGAGGAAACUGCAAUGCUACCUAAAGAAGACGAUAAAUUUCAAUCAUUGGUCGGGGCUUUACGCAUGUUAUGCCGAAUGCGAGGACUUCAUUUUGCUGAUCUGAAAGGAAAUGGAAUCUACGAUAUGAUACAGCGACUUGAAAUUGAAGAGACUGGUUUUGAUUUGAAAGAUUCUGACAAACACUCUUGCAUAUUUUAGUAUUAAGAGUGACAUCAUGAUAUCUACAUUCAUAAUAACGCCACAAAGCUGAGACUUAUUUUGUUUGAUUCAAUAAAACUUGCAGUGUGACAAUUUAAUAAUUGUAUUGUAUUAAACUUCAAUGAAUAUAUAGUAAAUAUUGUUAAAA